AUGCUAAGAAUAUUUCUAUUACUGCACUUCAUUUUUUUAUUUAACAAAUUAGUCUCUCCAGAAAGAAUAGAGGAUAUAAUAACGUGUUUGAAGGGAACAGAAUGCGAUGAAUUUGCGGAUACUGAUAAUUAUACGGAGACAUACGAGGAAGUUGGUCUUUCAUCAAACAAUUCUCAAAAUGUCACCAUUACAAAUUUUCCCGAAUCUUCUACAUCAAGUAUUAAUUUAAUUAAUACAACUCAAAAUCAACAACCUGAUAUAACGACUAUUGCGCCAUCAAUUGUAAUGCAUAAAUUUAAUCCAGAAAUGGAAAAUGAUAAUAUAUACAAAAAACAAUCGGACAUAUGUGAAUGCGAUUUAACUGUGGCAUCGUGCGACAUCAAUUGUUGCUGUGAUAUGGACUGCAAAGAUCAUCAUUUAAAAGUAUUCACUCAUUGUAAAGAUUAUCAUACAGAAUUGUAUGAUAGUCGUUACUGUUACAGUAGAAACUUUAUUGAGAGAAAUAAUACUCCUUUUAUUCUGGAAAAAUUAGCUAAUAAUUUGUUCUGCAUUCUUUACGACAAUCUUCCACCUGUAUACAGUGUUAACAAUAACUUAGCCAUUAAUAAUCAAAAAGAUUUAUGGAAAGAGAUAAACGAAGACAAACCAAAAUGGAAAUUUGAAUAUCAUCAAAAUAUGUUCAUGUAUAAUAUCACUAGUAUUUAUAAAGAAGGUGAUCUUGUAUGGAAAUUACAAAAUAAUUAUAUAAAACCUUUAGAAUUACUACAAACGGGCUUUACAGGAAAAUGUUCGUUUAAGAAAACAAUUAGAUAUCUCCAUAAAUGGAAAGAUUCUUGUAUGCAAGUUGAAUUAACCGAUACAAAUCCGUUCUUGUUUCCUUCAACGUAUAAUAAUUUUACAAUUAUUAAAUCUUUGGAUUUGUUUAAUCAAACUUACGUUCUUUUGUCUGAUCAAAGCUGUCCAAAGAACAUAUGUUUAUCUCCGAUCAAUCAUUAUUGUAAGAAUUCUUGGAAUAAUUGUAAUGACAAAGAAAUAUUGGGUUCUUGCACAAAGGGAAUUUGUCAAAAUAUUAUUAAAGGAGUAAAAUAUGUAAUAAGCCAUAACGGUACUGCAGGUAUAGAUUCUAUUGAUAUACAUUUUCUAAUGGUUAAUAUUUCUCAACAAUUCUAUCAAUCCUUCGAGGUAAGUUACGAAUGGAACGAUCAGAAUGAAAAAACAAUAUUUGAACGUAGUGGUAAUCCUGGUUAUAUUCGUGGAAAACCAUUAAUCAUUGGUACCAUAAUGACAAAUAAAAGUAAUAAUAUAGAAUUUCAUUAUAUUAGUUUUAACAAAAGUAAAAGUUUUUUAACAUUGCCAUUAGGAGAACAAAAUCGUGAAUGUAGUCAAAUUAAUAGACAUAUCGUAGCCUUCGGAGAAGACAUCAAAUUGAAAUGUUCUCUGACAUUGAAUACGAUUAAUUUUACAACAACAACUUGUAUAGAAUUGUAUAACAAAACAUUAAGUAUCUUAAUGGAAGAUACUUUGAUUAAUGUAACACAAGCCGAUCGAUAUCCAAUAUAUAUAUCAAAGUUAGGUAAUUUUACAAAUAACGAUACUUCUGCAUGGAUAAAAAUUUUAAUUGAUAGAUUACCUCAGCACGUAAUAACAGGUCAAAUUCUUAAUGGUUGGAUUAAAUGUUCAGGAUUAAUAACCUCUAUAAAAUAUGAUAUAUUAUAUUCCGUAUUAUCUAAACCAGAAAGUUUAACGAAUUAUGAUAUAUUAGGGAUAGGUGUUACAUUUUCCGACGAAAGAGAUUUAUUUUGGUCAAAAUGUAUAAACAAAAAUUGUACAGACCUGCUUCAAAUCGACAUUACCAGUUUUGUAAACUUUCAUGAUAUAUCUAAGCCAUCCCGAUAUUAUUUCGCAGGUGGUCCAAAUUUAGACUUGACAUUACCCUACGACUUUUUUUAUCCAUUUCUAAAUAAUGGAGAUAUAAAAAUACAACCGUCCAUUAAUUUAAUAUAUAUCGUAGUUAUAGUUUUAUACGUCGUUGAUAUAAUGUAAUAAUAAGUGCACUCUCUAAUUAUAA